GCGCCCUGUGCCACAGCGCGCAGUGCCGCGCUGCCUGCGCCCGCGAUGGCAAAUUGUUAUCAGAUGAUGUCACCCACUACGUUGUCCCUGACUGCAAGGUUGUUCAGGAGUACCUGGAGAUCCUGGAAUUUCCAGAACUGAAAGGAAUUAUUUUCAUGCAAACAGCUUGCCAAGCUGUGCAACAUCAGAAAGGACGCAGACAGUACAACAAGUUACGAAAUCUAUUGAAGGAUCCCCGUCAUGACUGCACUGUGUUUGCUAAUGAAUUCCAGCAGCACUGCUACCUGCCCAGGGAGAAGGGAGAAUCCAUGGAGAAGUGGCAGACCAGGAAUAUUUACAAUGCAGCAGCCUGGUAUCACAACCACUGCCUGGGUCAGAUGCCAGUUGUUAUGGUAACAGAAGAUGAAGAUGCCAUCAGGCAGUACGGAAAUGAAACAGAAGGAGUGUUUGUGAUUUCCUUCAAGAAUUACUUGGAUAACUUCUGGCCUGACCUAAAGGCUGCCCAUGAGCUCUUUGACUCCAUCGUCCAAGCUCGGCGUGAACGGGAGAGUGAAAGCCAAGAGAACCAUGGCAAAGAAUAUCCUGAGCACUUACCUGUGGAAAUACUGGAGGCUGGGAUCAAAUCUGGAAGAUACCUGCAGGGUACACUGAAUGUCAAUAAGCACCGAGCACAGCUGGAAGCUUUUGUUCGGCUUCAGGGCUUUGGCAGCAAAAACACAGAACUUCAAAGUGACAUCCUUAUUUAUGGGCCCAAGGCUCGGAAUCGUGCAAUCCAUGGGGAUGUGGUUGUGGUUGAGUUGCUCCCUGUGCAUGAAUGGAAGGGAAGAACUGUUGCCCUCUGUGAAAAUGAGACUGAGGACAAAGCACCUGCAGACACCACAGGUGACCCUAUGCCCACAGGUAAAGUAGUUGGAAUCAUCCAAAAGAACUGGAGGGAUUAUGUGGUCACUUUUCCCUCUAAAGAAGAGAGCCAGUCUCAGGGCAGAAAUGCUCAGAAAGUCCUUGUAACACCUUGGGAUUACCGAAUUCCCAAAAUCCGCAUCAGCACUCAGCAGGCUGAAGCAUUACAGGAGUUCAGAGUUGUCGUGCGCAUCGAUUCCUGGGAGUCGACUUCCCUCUAUCCAAACGGACACUUCGUGAGAGUGCUGGGGAGAAUUGGGGAUCUCGAGGGGGAGAUUGCUGCUAUUCUGGUGGAGAACAGCAUUUGUGCUGCCCCUUUCUCAGAAAUUCAGAUGAGUGAAAUGCCAGUGAGUUCUCCAAAGAAUCCAUGGAAAGUGAGUCCAGAGGAGGUGAAAAAACGCCUUGACUUGAGAGAUAGCCACCUGAUAUUCAGCAUUGACCCCAAGGGCUGCGAGGACGUGGAUGAUGCUCUCUCUGUCAGGGCUCUGCCCAACGGGAACCUCGAGCUGGGGGUGCACAUUGCAGAUGUCACUCACUUCGUGCCAGCAAAUUCCUACACUGAUGUUGAGGCCAGAGCAAGGGCCACCACGUAUUACCUGGCAGACCGGCGCUAUGACAUGCUGCCCGCUGUCCUCAGCGCCGACCUGUGCUCCCUCCUCAGCGGGGUGGACAGAUACGCUGUGAGUGUCUUGUGGGAGCUGGAGAAGGAAUCGCUCGAGACGCUGAGGGUUCAGUACAGCAGAACCCUGAUCCGCUCUGCCUACAAGCUGGAGUACGAGACAGCCCAGGCACUGCUGGAUGGGGACACCAGUGUGGUGGGGGAUAUCCUGGAACUGCAGAGCCUGGAUGAAGGAACGAGGCAGAAGAAGGUGGCUGAGCUGGUUUGGGCCAUAUCCAAGCUCACCGACAUAGCGCGACACGUCCGGGCUAAGCGGGACAGGUGCGGCGCGCUGGAGCUGGAAGGGAUCGAGAUCCGAGUGCAGCUGGAUGACAAACGGAACAUCCAUGACCUCAUCCCCAAGCAGCCGCUGGAAGUACACGAGACCGUGGCGGAGUGCAUGAUCCUGGCCAACCACUGGGUGGCGAAAAGGAUUUCCCAGGAUUUUCCCCACCAAGCUCUGCUGCGGCAGCACCCUCCACCACGCCAGGAAUUCUUCACUGAGCUUCGGGAAUGUGCCAGUGCCAAGGGCUUCUCAAUAGACACACGGUCUAACAAGGCUUUGGCCGAGUCUCUCGACAGAGCAAACGACCCCUCAGAUCCCAUUGUGAACAAACUGCUGCGCUCCAUGGCCACCCACGCCAUGUCCAACGCCCUCUACUUCUCAACUGGCUCUUGUCCCGAGGAGCAGUUCCAUCAUUAUGGGCUGGCCCUGGAGAAGUACACUCACUUCACCUCUCCCAUCAGGAGAUAUGCUGACAUCCUUGUGCACAGGCUCUUGAUGGCAGCCACGCUGAGGGAGACCACAGGGGAUGUUAAGGACAACAUCAUGAGUAACAAGGAUCUGGAGGAGCUGUGCAGACACAUCAAUAACAGGAACCGGGCAGCCCAGCGUGCUCAGAAGCAAUCCACAGAGCUCUUCCAGUGCAUGUACUUCCGAGACAGGAGCGCCGAGAGCGACGAGCGCUGCGUGGCCGACGGCGUCAUUUACUCCAUCCGCACCAACGGCGUGCUCGUCUUCGUGCCCCGGUAUGGAAUCAAAGGUGCAGCCUACAUGAAAAACAAAGAGGGCUUGGUCAUCUCCUGUCAAGGGGCUGGGAGCUGCCAGUGGAAGCCUGGAUCCCUCCAUCGCUCUCAGCAUAAAAUCACCUCCACUACAACCACUGGAGACUCUGUGACCUUGAGCCUUUUCGAUCACAUCACAGUGAGUACCUCACAUGAGGGGAGGAAGAGGAAAUGGCACCAUCAGAAAUGUAAACACAGUCUUGCUUUGCAGGUGAGAAUCCUCGUGCAGAGUUCCCGCUGCCACGCCGAGAGCAUCAAGCUGGAGAUCAUCAGGAACGCGCCGCUGCACACUGCACACACUGAGGCUGCUCACAGGAGCUCCCACGUGGUGAAGUCUGACCUGGUGAAAGAAGUCAGCCAGUCUGCAGAGGAGGCCCAGCGUGCCCAAGAGAGAGCCAGGCUGGAAGUGAUGGAUGAGGAGUCCCGGGAGUUCUGCCAGACCAAGGGGCCCAGCCUGUACCAGCUGCUGGAGGAGAUCCGGGAGCUGGCGCUGCUGGAUGUGACAGAGGACAUCAGGACUUGAACUGGGACCUGCCACCAGCUGCCUGGGGCUGUCCCACUCCUGUGACUGUGCACAAGUGCUUGGGGGAUCCUGUAAAAAGCAGUUUAUUUAAAUAUUCAGGAGUCUUUUCAUUAAGAAAUGUCUAUUUUAAAUAAGAAUUAUUUUUAUCUGAUUAUGAGUAUGGAUGAGUUAUGAAGAUUUUAUACCUUAUAAAGCUCGUAUUUCAGACUAAA